AUGCCGAUCUCCGCCUCUUCUGCCACCACCGGCGACGGCGGCGGCGGCAGCACGUCGACCAUCGCCGCCGAGACAACUUCCGGGUGGCACGAGCUCAGGGUCCCGGGCUACGCCACGACCAAAGGAGGCGUCGGCAAGUUCAUCAACUCCGCCACCUUCGUCGUCGGCGGGCACAGCUGGUACAUCAGGUACUACCCCGACGGCAACAACGAGAAAAGCGCCGGCUGGGUAUCCGUCUACCUCUACCUCGACCUGCCUGCCGCCGGCGGCGACGGCGACGUCAAGGCGCGGUACAAGCUUAGCCUGAUCGACGACGACGAUGCCGGCGAGGACCUCUCGUCCUACACCAGGACCAGCGCCGGUUACUCCUUCUGGGGCCCUGGCAAACCGCGCGGCUACCAUCAGUUCAUCAAGGGGACGGACAUGGAGUCCUCUCUGAAAGGCCACGGCUUUCGGAUCCGAUGCGACGUCACCGUCAUGAAGGAGACCUGCGUGGAUACCACCGUCGUCGCCGGGUCUCUCGCCGUGCCGCCGCCGGAGCUGCACCGGCAUCUCGGCGCGCUCCUGGACAGCGAGGUAGGAGGGGACCUGACGUUCGAUGUCGGCGGCGAGCACCUCACGGCGCACAGGUACGUGCUCGCCGCGCGGUCGCCGGUGCUCAUGGCGGAGCUCUUCGGCCCGAUGAAGGAGAACACCACGGGCAGCAUACGGAUCAGUGAUGUGGAGCCGAGGGUGUUCAAGGCCAUGCUCCGCUUCGUCUACACCGACUCGCUCCCGGAGGUAGACGACGAGGACAGCAAGGUGGGGAUGGCGCAGCACCUGCUGGUGGUGGCGGACAGAUACGGCUUGCCAAGGCUGAUGGUGAUGUGUGAGGCCACGCUGCUCGAGCACAUCGACACAAGCGUCGUGGCGACUACGCUGACGUUGGCUGAGCAGCAUGGUUGCCAUGGGCUCAAGGAGGGAUGCUUCUGGUUCAUGAGAACUCCUGGCAACACGAAGGCGGUCAUGGCGAGCGAGGGGUUUCAACAUCUGAGGACCAGUUGCCCCUUCCUUAUUGAAGAGAUGCUUGCUAAGCUUGCUUCCUGA